AUGGCUACGCUAAUAUGGAAUAUUAUCAAGGGUUACAAUUAUGUGUUUGAUGAAAUUGGUGACCCAAGAACGAAGGUAUGGCCGCUAGUUGGAAAGCCCCAUAUCGGCAUGUCGUUGCUAGUGCUGUACCUGUUCUUCGUAAUGAAAUGGGGCCCAGCGUGGAUGAAGAAUAGGAAACCGUUUGACAUAGAGAGACUGCUUAUAGUGUAUAAUAUAGUUCAAGUGAUCAUAUGUGCCUACUGUUUUAUUGGCGCUGUACAAAUAUGGGUCACAGAAUACAAAUGGAUAUGCCAACCUGUCGACUUCUCUUAUUCAGAAUCAGGUCUUCGGAUGGCGAAGUUUGUCUAUUACUACUAUUUGCUGAAAAUCGUCGAUUUGAUGGAUACCGUUAGUAUAGUUUUAGAGCUAAUAUACCAACUAAAUGCAAACUGA